AUGAAUACAGAAGUAUCAUCCUCCACAAACGAGUUGGAAAACUCACAUGUGCAGUCAAAUGAGGAUACUCAACUACAAAACCUGUGGCAGGUUGCAUAUGGCAACCUUACCGACAGCGAUCAUCGCAUUUUGUCCUCAGCUCAAUUCAACAAUAGUGGUCCCGGAAGGCCUAUACCAAUAGACCAGGUACUGGAUGAGGUUAUUCAUAUAACCAAGGAACGUUAUGAGGAAUACCAGAAACGGAGUUCGGAUAAUGUUAUACUUCGAAAUGCUGCACGAAACAUACUUAAUGCAACAUUGUCGUUCAAGGACACCGUCAGCGCAAUAGUCUCAUUCGACCCCACAGGGCAUGCAUCUAGUGCAUGGAUGAUCGUUUCUCUUGGACUGACGAUGACAAAAAACUACUAUGACCUGCGAAAUGCUUUAUUCGAAUCUUCCGAGUUCUUAGCCGAAUCUCUUGCCCGAUAUAGUUAUAUCCAGAAGAAUUUCUACGACGAGAGCCAUUUGAAAACGAAAACCUCAAUCCGGAAUGCUAUUGUCCGUGUCUACACAGCUAUAUUGCAUUAUUCAGUGGAGCUGCAGAAAAUUCAGCAGGCCAAUAGAGUGAAGCAAGUGCUAGGCAGUGUUACGGCGACUACUGAUCAUCCGCUUUCCAAAUUGAAGUCUGUUAUCGAUGAUGAAGAACGUAAUCUACAGAAAUGGGUCCAAAUAGAUCAGCAUCUCCAACACAAAGAGGAAGCAGAAGGUAUUCUGGCCCGGAUUGAUGUGUUAAUCAAAUAUGUGCGAGAUUCCCAUCAGGCAUCAAAUAUUUCCAAGUUACCAAUUGCCAAGGGGGCCUUCUUUGAUUCAUAUAUAGAUCAACAUGAAAGUCUCUGUCUUCCAGGAACAAGAACUGAGCUUCUCCAGCAAAUUGCAGAAUGGGCACAAUCGCCAGACGGAAAAUGCAUAUAUUGGCUAAAUGGCGUAGCCGGGACCGGAAAGUCAACGAUCUCCAGGACGAUGGCCAGGUCCUUUCAGGAGAAAGGGCUUCUAGGGGCAAGCUUUUUCUUUAAAAGGGGUGAAAAGGAUCGCGGAAGCGUGUACAGAUUAAUCUCAACGAUCGUAUCACAAUUGGUCCACAAGAUCCCUCAACUUGUGUCUCAAAUCAGCAACGCUAUUGAAAAUGAUCCUAAUAUUGCAUCCAAAUCACUGCAGGAGCAAUUUGACAAGCUUCUAUUGCAACCACUUCUUACUCUGGAUUCUCCAAUGCGGCAACCUGAAACAGUUGUUCUGGUUAUUGAUGCGUUAGAUGAGUGUGACGGGGAGAAGGAUAUAAAACUUCUUCUACGGCUCUUACCGCAGACGCAAAAGUCUAGAUGUAUUCGCUUCCGAACAUUAUUAACUAGCAGGCCUGAAUCUCCAAUGAGGCUAGGUUUUAGGAAAAUGGAGAACGAAGAUCAUCAGGACGUGCUCCUUCACGAAAUUCCAAGACCUGUGAUCGAGCAUGACAUUGCUUUAUUUCUACAACAUCAAUUUUCCCAGAUCAGGGAGAACAACUUAUUGCCUCCAGAAUGGCCUGGAGAAAGCGUUAUUCAGGAAUUGAUGACCUUAUCGGUUCCAUUAUUUAUAUCCGCUGCUACCGUGUGUCUAUUUGUUGGGGAAUCAAGAUGGGAUGCAGAAGAACGGCUUACAAACCUGCUAAAGGAUCAAAGCAGCUAUGCAUCUAAGAUGGAAAAGACAUAUAUGCCAAUUAUGAAACAACUUCUCGUUGGUCAGGACGAAGAAGAAUCGAAGCAGCUGGUGCAGGAGUUUCAAAAAAUUAUCGGCGCCAUUAUUUUGCUCGCCACACCAUUGUCGGUUCAUACACUUAGCCAACUCCUGAAUAUAAAACCAGGCACUAUCAGUAAGCGAUUGGAUUUCUUUCACUCAGUUCUCAGUAUACCAAGCGAUCCAACCCUUCCGAUAAGAACUUUACAUUUGUCCUUUCGAGAUUUUCUGCUUGAUUCCAAGAGAAUAAAGAGCCCAUUCUGGGUAAACGAGAAAGAAAAGCAUCAAGAGAUAUCCCACCAGUGUCUUAAUAUCAUGCGUCACCGCCUAAAACGAAAUAUCUGUGACCUUCCAAACGAGGGAAUACUUCUCACAGAGAUAGAUGAACAGACGAUAGACAAAAAUUUACCGCCGGUACUGCAAUAUUCUUGCCGUUAUUGGACAACACAUCUAUUAAAAAGUGAUGACCUUAAUAAUGGAAUGGAUGGUGCUUUUUCUUUCCUUCAAGAGCACUUUCUGCAUUGGCUGGAAGUAAUGAGCAUAAUUGGAGCUGUAUCAGAAGCUAUUGAGGCUAUAUCUAUGCUACAGUCUGUCAAACUGGAAAUUAAGACAGGCUCUCCGUUAUCUAAAUUUCUGCGCGACGGGAAACAGUUCGUGUUAAACAUCCGCCAAAUAGUCGACACUGCACCACUUCAGUUUUAUUGUUCAGGGCUUAUAUUUGCUCCUGAAGAUUCGGUAAUCAAACAGACAUUCAAAAAAGACCUGCCUACGUGGAUAGAAAGACUACCAAAGAUAGAGGAACCCGGGAGCGGAGAAUUACAGACUCUCGAGGGACAUUCACACAUGAUUCAUUACUUGACAUUUUCACAAGAUGGCAAGUCGUUAGCAUCAAUUUCCUUCGAUCAAACCGUCAAAUUUUGGGAUACUGUCACAGGGGCUUUGCAACAAACUCUAGAACUCCAUCCAUAUUCAUGUUUGGCAAUCUCACCGGAUUUCACGUCACUAUUACUAAUCUCUAAAGACGGCAUAUUCAAGAUUCAUAAUGUUAUCACAAGCUCUUUUCAAGACAUCCCUUCUUCUGAGAAUGUUGCAUCUGCACUCAAUGGUAUUCCAUUCUCCCCUGAUGGUCAGCUGAUAGCAUUAAAAUUUUCAGAUGAUACAAUUCGGAUUUGGAAUAUUGCUACAGGAGCUUGGCAAGAGGGUUUUAACGGCGUCUCAUCCACAGGUGGCCAUAAGACAUUUUCACCAAACGGUCAACAGCUAGCAUCCCACUGUCGUGAUAACACAAUUAAACUUUGGGAUACUGCCACAGGGCAUUUGGAACGGGUAUUUGUCGGACAUUCAGGUCCGCAAUGUUUGGUGUUUUCACCAGAUGGCCAACUGCUGGCAUCUGGCUUCAGUGAAGGAGUAAUUAAACUUUGGGAUGUUCAUAUGGGAACUUUAUCACAAACUUUUUAUGCCAAUUCAGGGCCAAUUACGUCCCUCAGCUUCUCACACGAUUGUCAUUUAUUAGUAUCAGGGUCAGCUGAUAAAACCAUCAGGCUUUGGGAUAUUAGGACAGGAGCUCUACGAUGUUCUCUUAAGGGUCAUGAGGAAUCAGUCUCGUCUGUCGCAUUUUCUCCAAAUAGCCAGCUGAUAGCAUCUGGCUCUAAUGAUUUUAAAAUCAAAUUUUGGGAUACAAACGAACUCCUCGGCAUUUCUAUGAGAGCAGGAGCUCUACAACAGACUCCUGAGGGCCAUAACGGCCUAGUUUUCUCCUUGGCAUUUUCACCAGCCAAUCAGCUGCUGGCCUCUGCUGGUGAUGGUAGGAUUAAAUUAUGGGAUCUCACAAAGUACUGGGAUACUGGAGCCGAAAGAGCUCUACAACAUACUUUUUGGGGCUACUCAAGAGCGAGUUGCGCUCUAGCGUUGUCACCGGAUGGCCGGUUACUAGCAUCGGCCUCUGAUGAAAUCAAGAUUUGGGAUACUGCCACAGGAGUCCUUCUACAUACUAUGACAUAUGACGAUUUUGAGGCCGAUCCGAAGCUUUCUGAAAAUCGCGUAAAUUUGAGUCUUGCUGUACUUGGCCCAUAUCUGAAGUUUUCUCAGGAUGGCCUGUAUCUGAAACUCUCUGAAGAUGACCCAUAUGUGAACACCAACUUCCGAAUUUUGAACAUUGGGCCUUGGUACAAUCCUAACACCCUUCCUUUGUUUCAAAACACCAUUGAGAUAUUUGUACCUAGUCAUUGGUCAUCAUAUGCACCACAAGGUCAGCGGUGGAUAGCUAUUCAAGGUAAAGAGGUAUUAUGGCUCCCUCCCAAUUAUCGAGCAACUUGUUCAACAGUAGGCAAUGACGGGACAGUUGUCCUUGGGCAUUACUCCGGGACAAUUACCCCUCUCAAAUUCCGUGUAUAG